AUGACUGUUUCAUACUCUCUUGAAGUGGCCAACGCCAGGUUUCAUGGCUUCUCCAGGUUACUGUUAAGGUGGAAGGGAAGCAUCUACAAGCUGAUGUAUAAGGAGUUCCUGGUUUUCUGUGCAGUCUACCUUUUCUUUAGUGUGUUUUAUAGGGUCCUCCUCACACCGAAGCAGCAGGAUCUAUUUGAGCGUGUCGCCCUUUACUGUGAUCAGUUCACCAACACUAACUUCAUCCCUGUCCUGUUUGUUCUUGGUUUCUAUGUGAACCAGGCCUUCACCCGUUGGUGGGGUCAGUACACCAGUUUCCCUCUGCCAGAUAACCUGAUGAUGGUGGUGUCAGGAAAUGUGCACGGUGCUGAUGAGAGGGGUCGUCUGCUGCGACGGACCCUUAUGAGAUACGCCAACUUAUCCUCAGUUCUGAUUCUGCGCUCAAUCAGCACCAGAGUCCGUAAACGUUUCCCGACCUUGGAGCACGUCGUGGAGGCAGGAUUCAUGACGGCACACGAGCUGAAGAAUUUUGAGUCUCUGCACUCAGAUUUUAACAAGUACUGGAUGCCCCUGACCUGGUUCUCUAACCUGGCAGCCCAAGCCAGACAGGAAGGCCGGGUCAGGGACGACAUCGCCCUCAGGCUGCUGAUGGAUGAGCUCAAUAACUACCGAGCCAAGUGUAGUCUGCUGUUCCACUACGACUGGAUCAGCAUCCCUCUGGUCUACACUCAGGUAGGAGAGCUCAUUAUCAACCCCUUUGGUGAAGAUGAUGAUGACUUUGAAACCAACCAGCUGAUUGACCGAAACAUUCAGGUGUCCAUGCUGGCUGUGGAUGACAUGUACCAGAACCUGGCUCCCAUUGUAAAGGACAAGCACUGGAAGAAUGGCGUCUUCUCUGUCCCUUACACCCAGUCAACGGCAGCUGAAACACUCAGACCAGCAUUCAAAGGCUCCACUUUUGAUAUGAGGUGA